AUGGAGCAGGUUCGUAUGGAGACCUGUAGCCGUUGCAAGGAACGAUGGUUCUCGAUGGAUUUAAAGGAGAGGGUCUGCCACGCCUGUUUCUUACGGGGCAAGGCCAACAAGACUCCCUUCCUCAUGUCCGCCGAGAACGGCAUGGACCCGGGAGAGCCGCCGGCCCAUCUGCCCGCGCUGACCCAAAUCGAGGAGAUGAUCAUCGCCCGGUCACGUGUGCAAAUGAUGAUCUAUCGCUACCGUGGCCACCAGUACCACUACUCGGGACACUGUGUCAGUUUCAUGCAAAACACGAUGAAGACGGUCGAUGUGCUGCCUAAUCUGCCUGCGGAACUAGAUGUGGUGAUGCGCAUCACCCGGAUUACCGGUAUAUCACCAUUUCCCGGACCGGAUCGACGCCCUACCGAUCGAUGGCGACAUAUCCUCAUCGUUUCUCGCUCUGAUCGACGAUGCGGGUGUGGAGGAACCCCCGGCGCCCGAACAACCGGUUCCCGCCGAGCUGCCCCCGCCGAAUUCUCAAUCGAUGGUCCCCAAUUCAAUGUCGCCGCGACCGAGGCGGAUCUCAUCGUGCGAGAGAUUGCUAGCCGGAAUUCCCCCCCUCCUAGCAUUCCCGCGCCCUCGAUUCGACAGACCCCCAUCGACGAAGCGUCGGGCCAAGAUCGGAUCUUUACCAUGGCCUUCCCGACGGGCCAGGCCGAUUUCAACACACCACGGAUGCGGAAGGUGGAUUUAAACGAUUACGCGCGGCAUCUGAUGUGCUUUCACGACGGGGGGUUCGGCCGGCACCCGUGCUGGCUGUUUUUCGUCUUCAACCUCCUUAUGUGUCGAAAAGCCAAUAGCUCCGCCCGCUUUUACGUCUCCAAAGCGUCCGGUCUUAAGGAUCUGAGUCGCGAAGAGCUGACGGAAGCCCUGCGAACGAACGAGGGCCCAGGACACAGUGAUCAACAUCGUCUACACAUGGUCCAUGGACUGGAUCCGAUGGGGGAUAUCGUACGGCAUAGGACAUGGUGA